ACUUGUUGUAUGGCAAAAUAAAUCGCCAGCUGUGACUAUUUUGGAAGUAUUUUAUCGAGUUCUUCGGCCAAAUGUGCCCUGUUUUAAUCCAGUUUAGGUGACAUUUUAUCCCAACAUGGAGGGGACGGAAGUUCAGCCGUUGUUUAUCUACAUUCCAGUUAUUGGUGUCGUUUUGUUUGUCGUUCUUGUGUUCGCUUGUGGCUUCCGAAGUUCAACUGAACCUCCGAGUUCUAUGUUCGAAGACGAAAAUGAGAAAAGAAACAAACGUGGCAGGCGAAAGAAAGUAUUAUCAACAUCAGAGUUAAAACCCAGCACCAAUGGCCAUGUCAAGCUGCCGUCGUCAGAUAGCCCGAGAGAAGUCAAAGCUCAAAAGGUAGAGCAAGAUGGUGAGACUGCUCCCAAAGUCUCGCCUAAGAAAGAGAAGUCGUUGAAGAGCAAGAGCGGUGGUGGGAAGGAGGAGGAGAUUAUAAAGAAGGUGGCGAAUGGUGGAGCAAAGGAUCGAGAAAAGGAUGAAGGUGAUGCCUGGAUAACAGUCACAGCUCCCCGUAAAGAUAAGAAGACCAACAAACAGACUGCUGUUCAAAACGGAGUGCCAGCCAAACCAAGCAACAAAUCACCCAAGGUAUCUCCCAAAGGAGGUGAGAAGGCUUCACAGAAGGUGAAGAAAGAGGAGACAGCUAAGACUCAAGGAAGCAAGGAGACAGUGCCAAAGCAGAAGGGCUCUCCUAAAAAGGUUGUUGAGGAUGUUGUCAAGGCUUCUUCCAUUUCGACUCAGUCGGCCAAAGCCCCAGAGUCUCCCGUUGAUAAAGGCAAGAAGAGAAAGAAGAAGGGUCAACAUGAAGGUGGGGAAACAACCAAUCAAACAGCAGACAACACAACAGGCUUGACCAAUGGGAGUGUGGAGGAUUCAAAACUGACCAAUCAGAAGAAGGAAGGUGGAGAGGCAGAGGAUGCUUUUACUCCCGGGAAAUCCAGAAAGAACAAGAAGAAACAGAAGACUUCACAAGAAGAAACCACAAUAAAGACAACUCCAGUAGACAAUAAGACUCAGAAAUCUAAGACUUCAAGUCCAGAGAGCAGUCCAGCCAAAUCAUCCAAGAAGUCUCCAGGAGGCAAGCCAGUGUCUCCUUCUCAGAAUAAAUCAACCACGAAUGCACCAGUGGAAGGGUCUUCAUCCAAGUCAAGCAAGGUUGACGACGCUAAGAUGUCCUCACCAUCAAAGGGUCAGAAGAACACCAAGAAAGAAAACUCCAAUCCAGCCAAAUCAGAUUCUAAACCAUUAAAAGACAAGAAAAGCAAAGAGAAAGCCAACAGUUCGGCAACAUCCAGCCUUGAUACCAGCCCAGCCAAAUCUAAGUCUUCAAGUGAUAGCAGUCCUUCUAAGUCCAAUAAGAAGUCAGGUGGUGAAAAGACUUCUACUCAACAGAAGAAACCAGAUGAGAAACCUCUUCCUGAUUCGUCUAAAUCAAAGAAGAGUACUUCCUCAGAGGUUGCUGGUGACGCCAAAAGCAAGUCAAAAAAGAAAUCCAAGAAAGAGUCGGCCCCAGCUUCACCCACACCACCUUCCAAACAGCCAGCGACCCCAGAAGCUGUUAAGACAAUCGAUGUUCAAGUUGAGAGCGUUGACGUUAAAACAAAUGGAAAGAAGAACAAAAGGAAAGGAGGUGGCGAGACUAAAGGCAAACCAAUUGAUACAGUUAACAAAGCUUCACAUUCCGUGCCGCCAGCCAAUGCCAAAGAUGUUUCCAGUGCCACAACCCCUGACAGAGGUGGUGAUAAACCUCCAUCGGGGUCCCCUACCCGUAAACCUGAUAAAGAGCCAACCACGGUGGCUGCUCCCAAAGAAUCGGUGGCUGCUCCCAAAGAAUCAGUGCCUGAAGUUGAAGAUAGUGGUAAAUGGGUUGAAGCCAAACCGGUGAAGAAACGCAAGAAGGUGCGUCGAGACCUGUGA